AUGUUUCCGACCGUCGCGCAGUUGCCUUCGGUCCAGCCUCACCUCCACUAUCCCAACCAUGAUGCCUUCAACCAACCGCACGACCUGAAUGACCCCACUUUAUCUACUCGCAACGACCCCUCGAAGCCACCUCAUAACAUCAACUCAUCCUUACGAACGUGCCUCCCGCUCCCGCACCCCGUUCAACGCCUCGACUCCCGCGACGCUUCGAGGUCGAGCUCGACGACGGCGGCCGGCGAACACGCAUUACGAAGGAAAACUCCAAACGGAACGCUGGCGGCGGGUUAUGACGGGACUCCUGGGGAUAGCACGAUCCAACCGGCGAACAAACACCUCCUGAUCUCUCCGAUGGAGUCGGGCCAGUUUCUUUCCGCGCAAGCAGGGUUGCAUCCAGAUGCAUGGCCCCAGCCGAAUUUGGGCCAGUCCGUAUCCAAGCAGAUGAACUUCCCACCAGUCUUCAAAAACGACGGAACCAAUAAUGCCAUGGCCCCCGGUGAAGUGGUUCAAGACGCGAAUGGUACGAGCUGGGUUCGCCCGGUCAACUACCCGCCAGGCAUCGACUCGGUCCUCAACCAAAGCCUCCCCUUACAAGCGUCUCAACGAUUCCUUCUACACAAUGGCGCCUAUGUACCGACUGUUCUGCCUGCAACCCUGCAGCAAUGUGUUGGACCGACCGCCUCCGCCGGCACUGGCCCAUUUGGCCCAUACUGGCCGGAUGGUGUUUACAUUCCCUAUCGCCCAGCUGCGUUUCGUGAUGCGCGGUUUGGCUCCCCCACACCGACGGGAUCGCCCUUCUUCGAGACUAACCGCUCGGUUUUCCCUCAACCAAUUCAACCUGGCAGCCGCGCGGACUCAGGAUUCUCAUGGAACCAAUCUGCCGCCGGCAUGCCCCCUCAAGAUCCUUUGAUGAAAACACAUUUCCCUCCUCGUCACUCUGAUCAAUUGCCCUAUCAUGCUCGCGUCAAUAGGCCAGUUUCGGGGUACUCUCCGAACCCGCUCCAUAACGAACCCAUGACCUGGGCAGGCCGAAAUCCGGGACCUGGGUUCCAACCUCAAGGUCCACCGACCACGGUCAAUGUGGAAUUCAAGGAAAAAAUAUUAUCAUGGGCGCAUGGUGUCUAUGUCGAUUUACUAGCAACUAUCCACCAAGCUCGUCGCAACAGCAUAUCCAACGGCGGAGUUGACGGUCAGAAUCAACGAUUUUUGAAACCAAGCAUUUAUCCCAAACCGCCGCGACAGCCGGGACUUGACUUUUCUCAUAGUAACGUUGCCGAUGUCCCUCGCCACAACAGUUACCCGGCGAGCCAACAUGACCUGCGACGGCAGAAGCUCGUUGCUUUGCCGAACCCGAGAAUGACCGACGGCUCCUCUGCAUCUCUUGGUCUAGGUAGUGUUCACGGGCGACGCCCGUCGCUGAAUCAAUUCUCCCAACAUAGAGGUUCCGACGCACAGAUGCGUGACGCCGGACGUUUUUCAGGUGCAACCACUGCCCCCCGGUUUUCCGGGACUAUUUUCAAUGAAGGCUCUCCCGUGGCCAACGCAGUGUCUGCACUCGAAAUGUUGUCCCACCUUUGCAUGGAAAGCCACUGGGAGUGGAUCGAUGGGAUACUUCUCGGUGGUUGCCUGGCGUAUGGCCUUGGGGAUUACCACAAAGCUAUGCGAUGGUACUCGCGAAUCAUCGGACGUGACGCAGCACACGUGGAGGCCAUCUCAAACCUCGCGGCAACCCUACUGGCUCUGGACCGACGAGAAGAGGCACUUCAAAAUUGGCUACGCGCUGUGAAACUCCGCCCUAGUUUCUUUGAGGCAGUCGAGCAUUUGAUUGGCCUUUUAUGCAGUAGUCAACGUGGCAAGGAGGCUGUCAAUAUUAUCGAUUUUGUUCAGACCUCACUGCGUCACCCUAAGGAUGGAGAUUGCUUCAAAACCGAUGAGAACGCCAGCGAACCAGAAAGCGAUGCCGAAAGCAAUGUGUCCGAUCUCGGCCUGUAUGAAAAAACAUCCUUUGAUUAUGAGGAUGACAUGAGACGUGUACAAAACCUGAAUUUGGGCUCGCCCGAUGGCUCUCCUAUCGGCUUUGCCACUAGUGGUUAUGCUAUCCCCGGAUCUGACAAUGGGAGAAUGUUGGCUCUGGUUCAUGCCAAGGGCAACAUGCUCUACGCUCUGGGCGAUAAUAGCGGUGCCGCGGAAGCUUUCGAGGACGCCGUUUUGAUCGCCGCAGGGAGAAGACGGCAUGGUAUUCAGGGUCUCAUCAAGCAAAUUUUCGCCGCCUUCACGCAUGGACCCGGUUAUCACCCGUCGGAACCUGAUCCCAGCAGUUUCGACAGCGUUUUGUUGUAUCCGGACAGAGCUCUUCAAACCUCCAAGCUUCAAUGGAACUCCCCGGGCUUGAAAUUCGUGACCGAAGGCAUUUCUCGGAAUGCGGCAAUCUCUACCACAAGUAAUUCGCUGCUCUCGUUGGCAAAGAUAUACCAAGACGGCAUGUCCACCUUGUCUUCGAAAACUCCGAGAUCGGUACCAGGUGUGCGAGAUAUUCUGGCGCUCUAUUACCUGUCGCUGUCUCUCCAGCCGAGCCCAUCUACUGCUAAUAAUGUUGGUAUUCUUCUCGCUGGGAUUCAGAACAAUCCUCCUGCAAGAGGGUUGGUGCGACCUAAUGGAGAAAGUCAGCAUCCCGAGAUACCGGGCGUCAUUCCUGGAAGUGGCAUUUCCCUGGCAUUGGCAUAUUACAACUAUGGCUUGCAUCUCGAUUCUCGGCACGCUCAUCUCUAUACCAAUCUGGGAAGUCUUUUGAAAGAUAUUGGACAACUUCAGGCCGCUAUCAAGAUGUAUGAGCAGGCCGUUCAAUGUGACGGCAAUUUCGACAUCGCUCUUGCCAACCUGGCCAAUGCUGUUAAGGACGCUGGUCGAGUCAACGAUGCAAUUUCGUAUUACAAGCGCGCUGUCACUGUGAAUCCAGAAUUCGCAGAGGCUGUCUGCGGAUUAGCCAAUGCCUUGAACUCCGUGUGUAACUGGCAUGGCCGCGGUGGUAUUGUCCAUGGCCGCGGAUUCCGUGAUCGCUGGCACGUGGAUGAGCAAGGCAUGCUUCGCGACGCCCAAACCAAUGAUUCUGGCGCCGGCUGGGUCAAACGAGUCGUGGAGAUCGUCGAUCGACAGCUCAGGGAAGGAGAAUACUGGGGCCGUGGCCUGUUGACACAGAGCACAGCAGAACAGUUGGUGGGCCAGUUGACUCCAGCAUUGGAUUCCGGCCGCUUCGCUUCGAGCCGACAAAUGUCUCUUGCCAAAGUUCUUCGGUCGUGGGCCGGGCAAAAGUGGGAAGGGUCUCGUAUUGUUCGACUUGUUGAACGGGCUAUUCGAUCAAUCACGUGGCAAUGGUAUCAGGACCGAUAUGUCUAUGGAAAGGACUAUCCCUCCUCCAAGUACCGUCGGCCUCAACUUCCGGCCGCGCUCACCGCGCCAAAUGCGCCAACGGUCCUUCCGUUUCACACCUUCACAUGCCCUUUGUCCGCAAAACAAAUCCGACAGAUCUCACAACGCAAUGGUUUGAGAAUAUCAUGCUCGACUCUGCGACUGCCGUGGCUUCCGAGCACGGUAUAUCGGCCACCAUCCCCUCCCAAACCGUAUCUUCGGGUUGGUUAUGUGUCGUCUGACUUUAACAAUCACCCACUGGCGCAUCUCAUGCAAUCGGUUUUCGGCCUACACGAUCUCAACCGAGUCAAGGCGUACUGUUACGCCACCACUACUAGCGAUAAAUCCGUCCAUCGGCAGCAGAUCGAGAAAGAAGCACCGGUAUUUCAUGACGCCAGCGGGUGGCCGGUGGAUCGACUGGUCCAGCAAAUUGUCGACGACGGAAUCCACAUCCUGAUCAACUUGAACGGCUAUACCCGCGGAGCCCGCAACGAAGUCUUCGCCGCCCGACCUGCCCCGAUCCACAUGUCCUUCAUGGGCUUUGCCGGCACACUCGGCGCAGAAUGGUGUGAUUACAUCCUCGCUGAUCAGCUUUCGAUUCCUCCUGAAACCCUGAGUCCUGGGCGGCGGAUGACUCGCAUCGAGGAUCGUAUGCUCGACGGCGACAAUGGUGAAGAUCUCGAGGACUGGGUCUAUGGUGAAAAGAUCGUAUUCACUCGCAACACAUUUUUCUGCUGUGACCACCGACAGAGCGCUCCAGAUGCUGGAGAACGACUUGGAACAUGGGAUGACGAGCAGAUUCGUCGCUGGAAGAUGCGCAAAGAGCUCUUUCCCAAGCUUAGCGACGACACCAUCAUUCUGGGUAAUUUCAAUCAGUUAUACAAGAUUGAGCCAACUACAUUCCGGACAUGGCUGCGUAUUUUGUCGCGAAUUCCCAAUGCUGUGCUCUGGUUGCUGCGAUUCCCGGAGUUGGGCGAACAAAACCUUCGAGAAACAGCCAAGGCGUGGGCCGGUGAGGAGACAGCCUCGCGGAUCAUCUUUACGGAUGUUGCACCGAAAAACACACACAUUGCACGAGCCAAGGUGCUGGAUUUGUUCCUGGACACGCCGGAGUGCAACGCGCACACGACAGCCACUGAUGUUCUGUGGAGCGGAACUCCACUACUCACGUUCCCUCGUUACAAGUACAAGAUGUGCUCGCGCAUGGCUAGCAGUAUCUUGAGCAGUGCUCUCCCAAGCUCCGAAGAUGGCCUGCGGGCCCGUGAGGAGCUGAUCGCCUCGUCAGACGAUGAUUAUGAGGCCAAAGCUGUCCGGCUCUGCUUGGACCUACAGUACCACCGAGGCGGCGAAGGCCGGGCCACCGGGCGCCUAGCAGACAUUCGGCAGAUGCUGUUCCUACGACGAUACACGAACAAGCUCUUUGACACGGCGCGCUGGGUGCGUGACCUCGAAGACGCUUACGAAGCGGUAUGGGCGCAAUGGGUGAAAGGUGAAGAAGGCGAUAUCUGGUUAUGA